CUUUCCUCCAAUUCUUCUAGUUUUCUCCCUCAAUUUGCUAUGGAUCCCUCUUCAAAUUUUGAUGAUGAUUAUUCUGAUCAUAAGUUGGAUAUGAUGCAAACAAUUGCAAUGAUAUCUGAGGGAACAUCCUCUACACCUUGUUGUACUCCUCAACGUCGUAGGUUCAUCAGACGUGAUUCAUUCGAAGGUCAUCAACGCCUUUGGAAUGAUUACUUUGCUGAAAUACCAAUAUAUCCACCAUAUCUUUUUAGGAGGAGGUUUCGAAUGAGUCGUGAUCUUUUUUUACGCAUACAUGAUAUAGUAGUCUCCCGCGCUGAUUAUUUUGUCCAAAAGAGAGAUGCUAGUGGGAGGUUUGGAUUGUCUUCCCUUCAAAAGAUGACUGCGGCAAUUAGGAUGCUAGCAUAUGGGGUCACCGCAGAUCUAAUGGACGAGUACAUAAGAAUCGGAGAAAGCACCGCACGACAAAGCAUGAAAAAAUUUGUUAAGGCAAUUGUCUCAAUUUUUGGAGGUGAGUAUUUGAGAUCUCCAAACAGCAGUGAUAUAGUGAGGUUACUAGAUGCCGGACAAAGACGUGGAUUCCCAAGUAUGUUGGGUAGCAUUGAUUGUAUGCAUUGGAAAUGGAAGAAUUGUCCUACUGCAUGGAAAUAUGGUAUAAAUCCUUCGUGGGCAAUAUUAGUGAAAACAAUUUCAUCUCCUCAGGGAAAUAAGAAAAAACAUUUUGCUGCUUGCCAAGAGUCUACAAGGAAAGAUGUGGAGCGUGCAUUCGGAGUACUCCAAUGUAGAUUUGCAAUUGUGCGUGGACUUGCGAGGUUUUUUCAUCCUGAAGUACUAAAAGACAUUAUAUACGCAUGCAUUAUCUUACAUAAUAUAAUCUUUGAAGAAGAGCGGCAUCUAUAUCUCGGGGCUGAGCAAUUCAUUUAUGAACAAACGGAAGAGACUCGAAAUGAGCCAAUUUCGCGCGAUAAUAUACUUGAAUUCAUAGAGUUCAUUGCAUAACAUCAUCGAAUUAGAGAUAGAGGCACUCAUAGUCAACUCCAGACCGACCUUAUCGAUCAUUUAUGGAAUAUUCAUGGUCGUACGUAAUUUGGAUUUCUAUUUUUAAUUUUUAAUUUAGAAUUUAGAAUUCAUGUAAUUUUUAAUUCUGCAUUCAAAUUUAAGUAAAGCUAUGACAUUAAAUUUCUAAUUUGUCAUGUUGUAAUUCCAUAGUU